AUGUCUCACGACCAGUCCCCCGAACAAGCUCAACCCUCCUCUGCAGAUCAUGCGUCAUCACCCUAUCGUCUUGCCGAUUCUCCAAUGUCAGCCAUAGCAGGGGGUCUCUCCCCGCUGCACCGAUGGACACUCUCCGCCUCCGAUUCCCAGUUCAAUGCCUUGUCGGGCGCCAUUGGCGGCUUCACCUCCGGCGUCGUGACUUGUCCUCUCGAUGUUAUCAAGACGAAGCUGCAGGCUCAAGGCGGCUUCACCUUGGUGGAUAAGGGCCGGCAUGUCGGCCACCCCAAGUUGUACAAUGGGCUGGUAGGGACAGCCAAGGUCAUCCUGCGUGAGGAGGGAAUUCGGGGGCUGUACCGAGGCCUGGGGCCGAUUGUGCUCGGAUAUCUCCCUACCUGGGCAGUGUGGUUUACCGUCUAUAACAAGAGCAAGACAUUCCUACAUCAGUAUAAUGAAAACCCUCAUAUCGUAAGCUUUUGGUCUUCCAUAAUUGCUGGCGCCAGCAGCACCAUUGUCACGAACCCUAUCUGGGUCAUCAAGACCCGUCUCAUGUCGCAGAGCAAUCCGAACACAGCUAGAGGCCAUCAUCAUGCAUCGACCAUUGAUGCAGCGAGGAAGAUGUACAGCUCGGAAGGCCUUUCUUCCUUUUAUUCCGGCCUCACCCCGGCCCUUCUCGGUUUGACACAUGUUGCUGUUCAGUUCCCUACGUAUGAAUUCUUGAAGACGACGUUCACCGGGCAAGGCAUGGGCGAAGUACAGGAGGGGGAAAAGGCGCAUUGGGCAGGUAUCCUUUCUGCUUCCAUCCUAUCGAAAAUCCUUGCCAGUAGUGCAACAUAUCCUCACGAGGUUAUUCGAACCAGGCUACAAACCCAGAGACGACCAGUUGCGGGCGAGACCUUCCUGGUGGAUAUGGCAGCACCCGGAGCCAAGCCACCCGUGACCGGACCCAAGUAUAGAGGCGUCGUCAAUACAUUCCGGACUAUCCUCCAUGAGGAAGGAUGGAGAGCGUUUUAUGCUGGCAUGGGUACAAACAUGAUGCGAGCCGUUCCCGCUGCGACGGUAACAAUGCUUACGUACGAAUAUGUUAUGAGGGAGUUGAACAAGAAGAAGAAUCAAGCUCUAGAGAUAAAACGGGCACUGCAGGAGCAGCCUUGA